GCGAGUCCCCGCCUAUAGUGGGGGCGGUCCGGGGCCGGGACCGGGGCCGGGCCGGGCCGGGUCCCGGUGGCGGCGGAGGGGCCAUGGCCAAGGCCUACGACCACCUCUUCAAGCUGCUGCUGAUCGGGGACAGCGGCGUGGGCAAGACCUGCCUCAUCAUCCGCUUCGCCGAGGACAACUUCACCAGCACCUACAUCUCUACCAUCGGCAUCGACUUCAAAAUCCGGACAGUGGACAUCGAUGGGAAGAAAAUCAAGCUGCAGGUCUGGGACACAGCAGGACAGGAGCGCUUCAAGACCAUCACCACAGCCUAUUACCGUGGAGCUGUGGGCAUCAUCCUGGUCUACGACAUCACUGAUGCAAAGUCCUUUGAAAACAUCCAGAACUGGAUGAAGAGCAUCAAGGAGAACGCCUCAGCCGGGGUGGAGCGUCUCCUGAUCGGCAACAAGUGCGACAUGGAGAGCAAGCGCAAGGUGCAGCGCGAGGAGGCGGAGAAGCUGGCGAAGGAGCACGGGAUCCGCUUCUUCGAGACCAGUGCCAAGUCCAGCGUGAACGUGGAGGAGGCCUUCAGCAUGCUGGCAAGAGACAUCCUGCAGAAAUCCUCCCGGAAAGCGGCCCCCAGCGGCAGCAGGCCCCUGCUGGAGCCCGGCCCCGCGAGGAAGGCCGGGGGCCGGCGGCGGCGAUGGCGGUGAAUGACGAGAAGCGGUCGGCGAGCCCGGUGACGGCCACGCAGUGCUGGCAGGUGGAGGACUACGUGGUGGUGCAGGAGUGCUCCCGGUGCUC